AUGGCAACCCGACCACCCAUUAUGCCGCCUCAUAACGAGACCGAGCACUCUGUCAGCCGAAUCACUCGUGAAGGCAAACAGCUCACAUACAAAUUGUGCGUGAUGCAACAGCCAGAGCGCGCAAGAGCAUGCGGUGCCGGAGCAAAGUCAUCUGCCGACCGUCGCCCAGUUGACCCUCCGCCUGUGGUCGAACUGCGCAUCUUCGAGUCGGACCCGGCCAAUGACGCGCAAAAGACCGAUAUCACCUUUGCCUACAACGCCAACUUUUUCCUAUAUGCAACCCUUGAUACUGCACGACCUCUCGCACACGGGCGGGUGGCCGGUCCUCCGUCGUGCCCGGUACUAACCGGUGUCCCAGUUGCCGGUGUUGCAUAUCUCGAUCGGCCCUCGCAAGCAGGCUAUUUCAUCUUCCCCGAUUUGUCAGUACGCCAUGAAGGCAGAUAUCGAUUGAACUUCCACCUGUACGAAGAAAUCAAGGAUGCGAAGGACGCCGACAAAGACUCGACUCUACCUCUCCCCAAUCAGAUAGCCCACCCGUCAGCAUCAAAGUCUGGCGCACCGCAGGCCUUCCUCCAUUUCCGUCUCGAGGUCAAAUCAGUACCGUUUACUGUGUUCAGCGCUAAGAAAUUCCCCGGGCUAGCAACUAGCACUUCCUUGAGCCGUAUUAUCGCCGAGCAGGGUUGCCGCGUUCGCAUCCGUCGUGACGUCCGUAUGAGACGCCGGGGUGACAAGCGGGAGGAGGAUUAUGAAUUCGAUGAAGAACGCGCGGCGGCUUUCGCAAGAUCGUCAGAUCGGUUCACCACCCCGGACAGAUAUGCAGCUUCAAUGGAGCGGCCUCGGUCCAAUAGCAAUGGCAGCAAUAUGGAAUCUCCCUACGGGUUUGUUCCGCCAGAUCGACGACCAUCAGCGCCCGACUACGGCUUCCAGUGUCCACAACCGUACCAACGACCAAUGCCACCUACAGGCAUGUCACACUCUCAAACACCCUCCUAUCAGUCACAUCUUUCAUUUGGUUCCACGCCUUCGCAUUAUCCUGCUCCACAUAUGCCACCUACGCCCCCACCAGUUGCAUCGCAAGGCAUGUACUCUCCACAACACGCAUACGCUCAAAUACGACACCCAUCCAAUGGCUCCGACUAUGAAGGGACACCGAUUGGAUAUCCCAGGCCGCCUCAAAUACCUGCCGAGCGGGCUGGUUAUCCUAAGUCCAUGAUGAACUCUUAUCGCAUGGACCCGCCCAAAACAAAUCCAUACAUGGAUCCUCGCAUGACUGAACCAAGCCCGUACCCUACAAUGCCUCAUGCUCCAGUCCCACGCUCUCAAACCCCGACACCGGUCCAAUCUGUUUCCGUUAUCAAGGCUAUGCCGAAUGAAUUUGCCAACCAUAUCGUUCCUUCUGUGGAGUGCUCUUCACCUGGUCCUGGGGGAUAUGACAACGUUAGAGGAAAGCGUAUGGUGUACCAAACUGGGCCCACCUAUGGCAAGCGGUCUCAUGAAGAGUCGUUCGGUCUUGAUGAGCGCGCGAUGCAAAACGGCAUGCGGCCCGAUACUGACCCUUAUCCGAGCCCAUACCGCGAUUUCUCGGGAGAAAGCCGGGCAGCCCUCAUGGCUGAAAUGGGCAUUGAGAUGGCCUACAAGCGCGCCAAUGGGAAAGUGGUGAUGAAAGCUCCUCCAUCAAGUUGA